CUUGCAGGCAGGAGCGUCAGAUAGGCAAACUGGAGCCUGAAAGGCAGAACAGUGUGGGGGCUGAAGAGGACUGAAGAGGCUUUGGGAGUUUUUAUCUGAUGCACAGAAUAACAGAUUGACUGACAGAGACAGAAAUGUAGAGUCAGAAAGAGCAGAAAACAACACGUUUUAACACAAAUCUGUGCAUAAAGCUGGUUAAAAGUGAGCUGUGCUGAUAGAUUUUUGCAGAUAAGAAAAGCCAAAGUCCAGAUAUUUUUCCAGAGGGGAGCAGGUUUGGUUCCAGACGGGAAAGAGAGAGAAAAGCAGAUGGACAGAGGUGCAUUUGAAUGAAAAAAGAAGACUCAUCAUCUUCGUCCAGCAAUGCUUCUGAGGAAGUCGACACUGAGGCGCUGCUGUCUGCUGUGCUCCUGGUCUCUGAUGCUGCUGUAGGACACUUCCAGCAUCACUAAUUCCUCUUCACAAGAGGAAUCACUGACUUUUUUUUUUUUUAAGAAACUGAAUUCUUGCUCUGUGCAGGUGUUGACUUUCCUCACGUCAUGUUUUCUCAAAGGUACUUCAUCACCCCAUCAAGGACUUCGUAUUUUCUGAUCUUAUGCAUCAUGGAUUUAUGGACAACAGCCUGGCCAGCUUUGCAGCAAAGCCAAUCCCAGCUACAGUCUCUCCGGUCCAGGCAAAUCUCACUCCUUACCUCCUCGUUGUCAGCUGGCAACCUGUCAGAGAGCGCUGAGAACAAGGUGGCGCGCCUCGGCCAGACGUUCAAACGAAAUCUCAGAGAGUUGCGUGAGAAGACCGCCUACUUGGACCUGGUCUUCCUGGUGGAUGAGUCAUCCAGCGUUGGAGCCAACAACUUCCUGAGCGAACUGAGGUUUGUCCGUAAGAUGCUGUCAGAUUUCCCUGUAGCACCAGAAAACACACAUGUGGCAUUGGUCACCUUCUCAUCCAAGACCCAUGUGGUGACGCGGGUGGAUCACAUCUCAGCUCCUAAGUCCCACCAGCACAAGUGCUCCCUGUUCAACAAAGAGAUCCCCGGCAUCACCUACAGAGGAGGAGGAACCUACACCAAAGGAGCCUUCCAGAGGGCCGCGCAAAUCCUGCGUCACUCCCGAUCAAACGCCACCAAAGUCAUUUUUCUGAUCACCGACGGCUACUCUAACGGUGGCGACCCUCGGCCAGUGGCAGCCGCGCUGAGGGAUCGCGGCGUGGAGAUUUUCACUCUGGGCAUCUGGCAGGGGAACAUCAGGGAGCUCCACGACAUGGCUUCCCAACCCAAAGACGAGCACUGCUACCUUGUGCACAAUUUUGCAGAGUUUGAGGCUCUGGCUCGUCACGCACUGCAUGAAGACCUUCCGACAGGCAGCUACAUCCACGAGGAUCCGUCGAGUUGCUCAUCUCUGUGCGAUGCAGGCAGGGAAUGCUGCGACGUGAUGGCCAGCUGUAAGUGCGGCAUGCACACUGGACAAUACGACUGCAUCUGUGAAAAGGGCUACUACGGCAAGGGUCUGCAGCACGAGUGCACAGCGUGCCCGUCUGGCACCUACAAGCCGGCAGGAACUCCUGGAGGUCAGGGAACCUGCCUGCCGUGCCCUGACCCCCAGCACACCUCUCAGCCUGGGAGCACCGCCCUCAGCGACUGUGUCUGCAAGCCGGGCUUCCAUCCAGUCGGCAUGACCUGCCAGGUGGUUUACUGCCCGCCGCUGUUUCCACCAGAAAAUGGCUUCUUCAUCCAAAAUGUGUGCAACAACAACUACGAUGCAGCCUGCGGCGUCCGAUGCGAGUCUGGCUUUGACCUCCAGGGAACCAGUAUCAGGCUGUGCCAGGCUGAUGGCACCUGGUCUGGGACCCCGGCCAGCUGCAGAGCACGCUCCUGUCCAGCCCUGUCGCGGCCCCAGCAUGGCUACCUCAGGUGCAGUGACGGUGGCGCCUCCUACAGGGCGGAGUGCCAGGUGGGUUGUAACCGAGGCUAUAAGCUGGAGGGAGACGCCGUACUCACCUGCCAGGCCAACUCUCAGUGGAGCGGACGCCAACCUCGGUGUGUGGAGGUCCGCUGUCCCCCCAUUGUGUCCCUGAAGAACAUUUCGACGUCUCCUCCCGCGUGCGGGAAACGGUCAGUGGUGUCGAGUGCAGUUUGCCUGCUCGCCUGUCCUCAAGGUUACAGCCUGCAGGGAAACAGGAAGGCGGUGUGCCUGAGCUCUGGAGACUGGAGCACUAAUGUCAACAAAGCCGUCUGCACAGACACUGAACCGCCGCACAUCCAAUGUCCAGAGGACAUUUCUGCUGAGACGGAUGAGCGGCGCGGUACCUCCAACAUCAGCUGGAAUAUUCCUGCUGCCGCCGACAACUCGAGAGAGGAGUUGGCGGUGCAGGUGAAGCCAGUUUACACCCCUCCCCAGCUGUUUCCCAUCGGAAAGGAAACCAUCACCUACAUCGCAACCGACCGCUCUGGGAACCAAGCCAACUGCUCCUUCACCGUCACUGUCAUCGAUUCGGAGCCCCCGGUGAUUGACAGGUGCAGAUCGCCACCCACCGUCCAGGCCACGGGCUCGGAGACGGCAGUCAUCUGGGAAGUGCCGCAGUUUUCCGACAACUCAGGCGCUCGGCUGGCGGUGGCAGGGAGCCACAGUCCAGGGUCUCUGUUCCCGGUAGGAGAGACGCUGGUCCAGUACACAGCGACGGACGCAGCAGGAAACAGUCGCACCUGCAACCUCACCAUCACUGUACAAGGUACGACAUGUGACCAACCCUACGUCCCAGUCAACGGCGAGUUCAUCUGCACUGAAGAAGAGAAGGGCGUCAACUGCACGCUGCACUGUAAGGAAGGCUACAGCUUUACCCAGGAUGCAGUUCACAGCUACUUCUGUGCCUUCAACGGGGUGUGGAAUCCGCCGUACUCUCCAGACCGACCCGACUGCUCAGUGAACCGAGUUGCAAACAAUGGCUUCAAGCCGUUUGAGAUGCUCUUCAAAGCCUCGCGGUGCGACGACGUGGACCUGAUGAAGUCAUUUGCUGGAGAGUUCAACGCCAAACUGGGAGACAUGCUCCCCAACAUUUGCAGCAGUGAUGAUGUCACCUGUAAGCUGGAGGUGAUGUCACAGGGUCACUGUCUGGAGUACAACUACGACUAUGAGAAUGGGUUUGCUAUUGGACCAGGAGGAUGGGGAAACACCUGGGGUCCUCAGGGCACUCAGGACUACGCUUACUUUGAGUCAGGCUUUGCCACAGGCGUCCGGCCGAUCACCAAACAGCAAGACGGCAGCAUGCAGCCCCACCGCCGGACCAAGAGACACCGAAAGAUCACAGGCCCCACCAGAGACCAAAAGAUUCAGAUCUUCUUCAACAUCACAGCAAGCGUCCCUCUGCCCCUGUCGAGGAAUGACUCCGUGGAGGCAGCCAAUCAGAAGAGGCUCCUUCGCACGCUGGAGCAGUUGACCAAUCGCCUGAGGCGAACGCUCUCCAAGCAGCCGCUGUCCAGUUUCCACCUGUCCUCAGAAAUGAUUGUUGCAGAUCCCAAAUCUCUGGAGAGCAAGAAGGCGACUCUGUUCUGUCGGCCCGGCUCGGUGCUGAAAGGCCGCAUGUGUGUUCAGUGUCCCGUGGGGACAUACUUUUCCCUGGAGUACAAUGAAUGUGAGAGCUGCUGGCUGGGCUCCUACCAGGACCAGGAGGGCCAGCUGGAGUGCAAGUCCUGUCCUGACGGAACCUCCACCGCCUACCUGCACUCCCGAAGUGUGGCGGAGUGCAAAGGACAGUGUAAGCCCGGGAGUCACUCGGUCAACGGGCUGGAGAUCUGUGAGUCGUGUCCACUGGGUCACUUCCAGCCUGGUUUUGGUGCCAAGGAGUGUCUGACGUGUCCGGACGACACGUCCACCGUGACCCGAGGAGCCGUGGACGAGACGGAGUGUGGAGUCCCGUGUUCAGCGGGUUAUUUUUCUCGUACCGGUCUGGUUCCCUGUUACCCGUGUCCUCAAGAUUACUACCAGCCUGAAUACGGACGCUCCUACUGUCUCUCCUGUCCUUUCUACGGGACCACCACGGUUACCGGGGCAACCACAAUACAGCACUGCUCCAGUUUUGGCUCCAGUUUUCUCCCCAAGGAAGAGAGUGUGACUUCACCUCCAGAGGUCGAGGUCAUUGAGGACUACCAAGCCAGCAGUCAGGUUUUCCAUGAGUGCUUCCUGAAUCCUUGUCAGAAUAAGGGGACGUGUGAGGAGGUCGGGGCAGGAUAUGUUUGCACCUGCACACCCGGAUUCACAGGCGCCAAGUGUGAGGUCGACAUCGAUGAGUGUGACUCCGCUCCGUGUCAGAAUGGCGGCCUGUGUAAGGACGGAAUGGAAGAAUUCCAGUGCGAGUGCAAGGCCGGAUUUGUAGGCUCGCUGUGUGAGGCGGAGGUGAAUGAGUGUGUGUCCUCCCCCUGUCUGAACGAGGGCGUGUGUGUGGACGUGGUCAACGGCUUCACUUGCAGCUGUACUGAUGGAUUCACAGGAUCUCGCUGCGAGCUGGAAAUAAACGAGUGUCUUUCCAACCCUUGUUUGCAUGGAGGUGUAUGUGAAGACCUGACGGCCGGCUACACUUGUAAUUGUGCAGUUGGCUUCUCGGGGGACAGCUGUGAGGUCAACAUCAACGAAUGUUACAGCACCCCCUGUCUGAAUGGAGGCUCAUGUCUGGAUGCUGUUAAUAAUUUUAGGUGUCAGUGUGUGGAGGGUUACCGAGGUCGGCUGUGUGAGGUGGACGUGGAUGAGUGCGACCCCAACCCAUGUGUGAAUGGAGCCAGCUGCCUGGAUGGUUUGGGGGCAUUCACCUGCCGGUGCCUCCCUGGGUUCAAUGGAACCAGGUGUGAGACAGAGAUGUCUUCUGCUUUCAACCUGGACUUUGAGGUGUCUGGUAUCCACGGCUACGUGAUGAUGGAUGGAGUGAUGCCGCCGCUGACAGAAAUCACCUGCACCUUCUGGAUGAGGUCAACGGACACGACCAAUUACGGUACUCCCAUCUCCUACGCUGUGGAGAGCAGUGACAACGCUUUUCUCCUCAUCGACUACAACGGGUGGGUGGUUUAUGUGAACGGUAAGGAGCGGAUCACAGACUGCCCUGCGGUGAAUACGGGUCAGUGGUACCACAUUGGGGUGUCGUGGCGGAGCUAUGAUGGUGACUGGAGAAUCUACAUCAACGGCAAGCCAUCAGAUGGAGGCAAAGGCCUGUCAGUCGGCACCACCAUCCCAGGUGGUGGCGCACUAGUAUUAGGUCAGGACCAGGACCAGAGGGGCGAGGGCUUCAACCCUGUGGAGUCGUUUGUGGGCUCCAUCAGUCAGCUCAACAUCUGGGACCGUGUUCUCACACCACAGCAGAUUAAAGUUCUGUCCAGCAGCUGUCCGGCUUCCCAUGUGACCCACAGAGGAAACGUCCUCGCCUGGCCGGACUUUCUUAGCGGUGUUGUGGGCCGAAUCAAAGUUAACCACAACAGCAUUUUCUGUGCCGACUGCCCCCAGCUGGAGAACACUGCGCCCCACCUGCACGUCUCCACCGUGGAGGUCAGCCCCGGCGCCCAGGUCCAGCUUUCGUGUGAUCCCGGUUUCUACCUGGUGGGGGAGCCAGUGCUGCAGUGUCAAAAUAAAGGAGAGUGGAGCCACCCGGUGCCCACCUGUGAAAGAGUGUCUUGCGGGCGUCCUCGUCCUCUGGAGAACGGCGUGUUUCAGGGCAUGGACUUCCACGCUGGCAGCUUUGUGGUGUAUCGGUGUAAUGCUGGUUUUUACCUGCUGGGAGACGCCAAGGUGCACUGCAGCAACAGUGGGAAGUGGGGAAGAAACCCACCGGCCUGUCUUGACAUGGACGAGUGUGCGCUUGGCUCUGACUGUGACGAUCACGCAAGCUGUCAGAACACGGACGGCUCCUACACCUGCAUCUGCAUCCACCCGUACAGCGGAGACGGGAAGAACUGCACAGAGCCAGUGAAGUGCCAGAAUCCAGGUUCUCCAGAGUUUGGUCACCGGGAUGGCAGCAGCUUCCUGAUGGGCAGCGAGGUCGUCUUUGGCUGUGAGGACGGCUAUGAGCUGGUUGGCUUGUCUCGGCUCCGCUGCUUGGAGGACGGACGUUGGGACGAUCCUGUCCCCUACUGCAGAGCACUCUCCUGCCCAACGCCACUGGUUCCAGAAAACUCAGUCAUGACGGGGAGCAACUUCACCUAUGGAAGAAAGGUGACUUUCAGCUGUAUGAAGGGCUUCCUGCCUCAAGUCCCCUAUGAGUUCCAGUGUCUCGCUAGUCUGAGGUGGAGCGGCACGCCACCUGUCUGCCACCCAGUCACCUGCGGGGGGCCUCCAAUCAUCGAACAUGCAGACUACACCCUCCACACCAACACAUACCUGUCGACUGUCACGUACACCUGUGCCCAGGGAUACAGACCACAGGACUCCAUGGACAUCGUUUGUGAAGCAACCGGGGAGUGGAGCCGACCGUUCCCCCGCUGUGUGAGUGUCGUGUGCGGUGAGCCUCCAUCGCUACGUGACGCCACGAGGACCGGACUAAACUUUGAGCUGGGAAACAAAGUGCACUAUAUCUGCAAAGAAGGGUACACUCUGAUUGGUCCAGAGUUUAGAGAGUGUUUGCCAAGUGGCCAGUGGAGUGACAGCUCUGCUCAGUGUGUUCCCCGCUCCUGCGGCCCCCCGCCUGCCAUCGACCACGCUGAGCCUUACGAGAGCCACCAGCUGUAUGGAGACACGGCUAACUACUACUGCAUCGAUGGCUACACUGCCGGCAACAACUCCAAAAUGGUGUGCAAUGCCCAGGGAGUGUGGGCGUUCCCUGAUGGAAUGGAAGCCCCUCGCUGCAUUGCAAAUUUUUGCCUACGUCCUCCUGACCUGCGCCACGCCAUUUUGGACUCCACCAACAAACCGAAAUAUGCUAGCAACACUGAAGUAAGCUACAAAUGUGAGGAGGGCUUCAUGCUGAACACUACAGCCACGUUGAGGUGCUUGAUGGGAGGAGAAUGGGAACCUUCACCGUACGAUAUUAGCUGUGUGCCGGUAAGAUGCGCCAAGCCGGAAAGCAUCGAGCGAGGAUACGUGAGUGGAAUAAAUUACAGUUUUGGAGCUGUGGUUGCGUACAGCUGCGAAAAAGGCUUCUUGAUCCGAGGAGAAAAGCGAAGGACUUGCAAGGCCAAUGGAGAGUGGGGAGGAGUUUUGCCCACCUGGCCCGUGUCCUGCUCCACCCCUCCCCCACUGAGGAAUGGAUUCAUUCAGAGCAGAGGCCGAUUCACCUUCAACAGCAAGGUGACUUACGCCUGCAACGCAGGAUACAGGCUGGUUGGUCGUCCAGAGCGAGUUUGCCAAGCCAAUCGCAUGUGGUAUAACGACCCUCCGUCCUGCCUCCUCCUAACGUGUGAUCCCCCCCCCAAUAUUGACCACGGUCACUACAGGGGUUCAGUUUUUGAUGUUGGACGGAAAGUGGAGUAUAUCUGUGACGAAGGAUAUGAACUGGUUGGUGAGGCAGUGUGGACCUGCUUGAAGUAUGGAAGGUGGGAUAAGACAAAGCGUCCACGCUGCUCCCCUGUCCAGUGUCCAGAGCCACCACUGGAGGAAAACCACCUGGUUUUAAAGAGUGUGGACUCUGAAGCUGGAACAGUGGAGUUAUCCUGUGAGGAUGGCUACAUCCUCAAAGGGGCCCGCUCACUGCGCUGUAUGCCGUCCCAGGAAUGGAAUGACACCUUCCUCUGUAAGCAGGUAUUCUGCGGAUCACCUCCUGAUGUGCCAUUUGGAAGUUCUUCAUCCGUGCCCCUUCCGUUUGGCUCGGUGGUCAUUUACACCUGCAUGAACGGCUUCUCUUUGAGAAAAGACAGCGCCUUGUCCUGUCUAGCCAGCGGGGAGUGGAGCCGCCCUUACCCAGAGUGCAUCCUUGUGGAAUGUCCUCAGCCUAUGGAAAUUUCUAAUGGCAUUGUUGAUGUCCAGGGCCUGAUGUAUAUGAGCACAGCGCUCUACAGCUGUAAAAGUGGAUAUAAUUUGGUGGGGAACUCCACUGUCCUCUGUGGAGAGAGGGGGGUGUGGAUUGGAGGGGUGCCUUCUUGCCGACCAGUUGAAUGCCCGAUCCCUACACAAAUUGCAAAUGGAAAAGUGGUUUAUACAAAGCUCCAGUUCGGCCACAGUGCCGUGUACUCAUGCCAACGUGGGUAUUGUCUUCAAGGACCAGAGACUCUGAAGUGCCUGGCCAGCGGUGAGUGGAACCUGAAGCCACCCACCUGCACACAGAUAUCCUGCACCCCACCAGAACCCAUUGAAAAUGGUUUUGUAGAAGGCCAGGAUCAUAGUUUUGGUGUUACUAUUUUCUACAGCUGUUUUCCUGGUUUCCAGUUGGUAGGACAGGACCAUCUGACCUGUGAAGAGUUUGGCUGGUCUAGUUCUGUUCCUGUCUGCGUGCCCUCAGACUGUGGCCUGCCUCCUCACAUUGACUUUGGGGACUAUGUUAAGGUGUCAGAAUCUGGAAGUGCUCCAGCAGAAAGAGCGACUGGCACUGCUUCGAAAGACACAUCACCCAUGGACUUGAACUUCCUUCAUGGGACACUGAUUGAGUACCGUUGUCAUAAAGGUUAUGACCUGACAACACCGACCAGGUUGACUUGUCGGGAGGAUGGAGGCUGGAAUGGAACAGCCCCUGCAUGCAUCCCUGCGGAGUGCGAGACGCCACCUCAGCCAGAACACGGCUGGGUCAAUGUGACCGAUACCUCUCUUGGAAGUUUGGUGAAGUAUGCCUGUAAAGACGGGUAUAAACUAGAGGGGGAAGCUGUCAGGCAUUGUGUAUCGGGUCGACUGUGGACUAGUGAGGCCCCAAUUUGUGUGCCUGUUUCCUGUGGUGACCUGGGCCUCCUCGCUAAUGGCACCACUCAUGGACGUGCUUUUGUUAAUCCUGAGGUUCUGCGCUAUGAAUGUAGUCCUGGGUUUGUCCUCCAGGGCCGUAACGCUGUUGUCUGUCAGGCUGAUGGAAAGUGGGAUGGACCAAAGCCAUGGUGUGAACCUGUGUCUUGUGGUCCUCCAAUCCCGAGUCAUAUAACUGUGAGAGGGGAGGGGUACACGUAUAACAAUGAGGUAGAACUGAUCUGUCAGCCUGGUUUCAUCUUGAAAGGGAAGUCUGUCAGUGUUUGCCAGGCUGAUGGGACCUGGAGUCACGAGUUUCCGACGUGUGUCCCCGCCCGCUGUGGAAAGCCCUCACAGGUGCCCAAUGGCCACGUGUUGGGGUCAGAGUUUGGCUUCAACAACAAAAUCAGGUAUGAGGAUGAGGGCUAUACUCUUAACGGAGACAACACACGCGUUUGUCAGUCAGAUGGACUGUGGGACAAACCGCCACCACGCUGUGACAUCAUCACGUGUGACCCACCUGAGGACAUCAGCCACGGCUUCUUGAACGGCUCCAGCUUCAACUACGAUGACGUUGUGGAGUAUGUUUGUUUCGAUGGUUACGAGGUUGUUGGGGAUCCAGUCCUGCGGUGCUCCGGUCAAGGGGUCUGGGUGGGCACUGUGCCCCAGUGCCAGCCCUGUACGUGCACUCUGCCGACUGUAAAAUUUGGGGUGGUUCUGGGACACCAGCGCGCCUGUGGAGACAAAGUGCACUUCCAGUGUGACGAUGGCUACAAGUUGCUGGGUCCCUCUCAGGCAGUGUGUGAAAAAGGAGGGGUGUGGAGCCCCGGGGUUCCUGUGUGCGGGCGGGGAAGGUGCAGUGCCCCCCCUCCCACUGUUCCUAACGGUGUCCUACAGGGUGGCAUUUCCGCCUUCACAGACACUGUUCUCUACAGGUGUCGGCCCGGCUUCCAGGCUAAAGGCUACCCACAUCUCUCCUGUGGAAGAGACGGCAGGUGGGGGGAGCCCAGGAUCAGCUGUGAACCUGUGAACUGUGGAAAACCUCCAUCUGUCACCAACGCUGCCGUAGUGGGCGAGACCUUUACCUACCUCAGCCAUAUCACAUACAGGUGUGAUGAGGGCUAUGAACUGGCCUCUCAGGCGGACUCUCUGUCGUGCCAGAGUGACGGUACCUGGUCCAAACACAGCGUUCGGUGCCGUCCCAUCCCCUGUCUGCUCCCCACCAACCUCUCCAUCCUUCACCUGGUCAUCACUGGGAAAGAGCUUACGCCUGUAGGGGGCACCAUCGUCCUCUCCUGCCCUCCUGGAUUCUACCUCCAGGGGUCAGCGUUGGCUGAGUGUCAGCUGGGUGGACGCUGGGCGCCGAGCGUUUCUUCAGUUUCCUGUGAGCUGGUGGUGUGUGAGAAACCCGCUCCUCUUCUUCACGGUGUCACAGAGGGAGACAGCUACAACUAUGGAGACUUUGUUAUGUACUCCUGCCUCCCUGGGUUUGAAAUGAAGGGUGACUCCAUCCAGACCUGUCAGGGAGACAAAACAUGGAGCGGCACUCAGCCUGUAUGUGUCGCACAGUCCUGUGGACCUCCUCCCACAGUCAAAAACGCACACGUGCACACCACAGGAGACACCUACCUAAACAACGCCACCUAUGUGUGCAGUCCGGGCCUGCAGCUCUUUGGUCCUCAGACACUCAGCUGUCUGGCUAACGGCUCGUGGAGCACGCCGGCGCCGUUGUGUGAAGUGGCCCGCGGCUGUGAGAGCCCCAAACACGUCUUGAACGGCAAAGUGCAGGAGCACAACCUGAACACAGGGCGCGCUGUCGAGUUCCAGUGCGAUAAAGGCUACCGCCUGCUCGGAGAUCCGUUGGUGGUGUGCAUGGGCGAUAACACCUGGAGCUCCAUCUUCCCCACCUGCCAGCCGAAGACAUGUCAACCUCCUCCGGGCUGGAGACAGGCCACCACCCAUGGAUCCCAGCAGGUGUUCCACGUGGGACAGUCUGUAACCGUCACCUGCCCCACGGGACUGCAGGCCAAAGGCAGCGGCACCAUCACCUGCAGACCAGACCAGAGCUGGAGCCCCGUCAGCGCCGUGUGUGAGCGGGUGUCCUGUGGCCCUCCCCUCCACGUGGCCAAUGGGGUGGUGCGGGGGGCGGUGUUCCAGUUCGGGGACGUGGCGGUGUACUCGUGUUAUGGCGGCUAUGCCAUGGAUGGCGUCGGAAGGAGCAGGUGUCUGGAGAACGGCAUGACGCUGCCUCCCACAUGCAGAGCAGUGUGUUGGCUGCAGUGCCAGAACGGAGGCGUGUGCCAGCGGCCAAACACUUGCUCCUGUCCUGAGGGCUGGAUGGGUCGACUGUGCGAGGAGCCGAUCUGCAUCCUGCCGUGUCUGAACGGAGGGCGCUGUGUGGCACCGUACCAGUGCGAGUGUCCCCCUGGGUGGACGGGCACGCGCUGUCACAGCGCUGUGUGCUCGUCACCCUGCCUGAACGGAGGGCGGUGCAUCCGACCCAACAGGUGUCACUGCAGUCCAGGAUGGAGCGGACACAACUGUGCCAGGAAAAGAAAAUCGGGAUACUAUCACUUCUGAAGGCUCGGCUGGGCGCCGUCUGACUCAUAUGAAGGGGAUUUUUGUAAAGUUACUGACUCGUUUCAUUCACACUCUCAUCUCUCAGCAACAGCAAGGCCAAUUUGUAAAAUAAAGCUGUAUUUUUUCAUAUCAGACAGUAUUAAACGUGUGCUGCUGUGCACCUGUACUAUGUGUAAAAACCGUCGUCGUGACUGUCCGAUGUACAUGUGUAAACUAUUCUCACAUUUUUAAUAAAGUAUAUAAAAACACCUGUUUGUUGUUCAGGCCACACAGAAAACAAAGAACACAAAGUGUCGGGAAAUCAUCGCGUUUAUUUCAUAAACAUCAUUCAGGAGUCGAUUUGUGACAUCGUUUAACAAUCAGCAGGUUUAAAUCAAAGUGGAAAGCAGACGAGCAGAACGAACAGUGGACAUAAAACAUUUAUGAAAUGGAAAAGUUUAUUUUCUCUAAAAUCAGUUUUCUUGGAUACAACCCCUGGUAAAAAUGAUGGAAUCACCGGCCUCGGAGGAUGUUCAUUCUGU